AUGACUAAAAAAGACUACCCAUACUUCCUUAGUAAGGCCAUUGAGUCUGAAGUGGUCCCCAAAGCUCCUGUACUUUCCAAAUCCCCAGAGGAACAACCUUUGCCUGCCGGGUCCCCAGAGGCAGCUCCUGUAAUUACUAAGGCCCCAGAGGCAGUGCCUGUACCUGCUGAGUCACCAGAGGCAGCACCUGUGCACACCGGUUUCCAGAGUCAGCUCCUGCACACGCCAGGACCCAAUAGGCAGCGCCAGUACCAAUCAAGUCCCCAGAAGCUGUGCAUAUGCCUGCCAGAGUCAGCUCUUGUGCAUGCCAGUAACCCAGAGGCAGCUCCGGUACCUACCAAGUCCCCAGAAGCUGUGCCUAUACUGGCCAGGUCCCCAAAGCUCCUGUACUUGCCAAAUCCCCAGAAGCAGAACCUGUGCCCAAUGGGUGCCCAGAGGCAGCUCCUGCACCUGCUGAGUCACCAGAGGCAGCACCUGUGCACACCAGGUCCCCUGAUGCAGUGGGUGAGCCUGCAACACUGCAGACCACUCAACAAUGGUGGAAGGCAGUGGUGGAGGCAGUGGAAAUUUCAGGCCACACAGGAAGCAAAUCUGCGGAACCCCAUGCAACUAGAGCAGCAAAAUCCUCAAGCCCACAUACCACAAGGAACACUCAUGCCCACCAGGAACCCAAAGGGAAUGCCUGUGUCUGCAUAUUCUUUAAAAGUAGCAUGCGUGCUCACCAAGACUAUACAGGGAGCACCUGUGCCAACCAGGACCCCUCACAGAGGAAAACAGAGGAUCCCUGAGCAUUUGAGGCAGCAUGCCCAUCAGGAUCCCAAAAGAGAGAAACUGACAGUCCCUAAGGUUCUGAGGCAGCAUCUGAGGCAACAGAAGCCUCAGACCUCUUUUACAAAGGAUGCAUCUGUGCCCGCCAGGUCUCCAAAUGAAGCAGCCAUGCCAGCUAAGACAACACAGGGAGCACCCAUGCCCCUUAGUACCCCAAAGAGAACAAAUGUAACAUACAAAAUUCAGCAUGAAAAUACAGAGCUGGCCUCCAUUUCCGCUAUCAGAGGGAUCGUUCCCCAUAACAUCACCAUAUCUCCAGAAGUACAGCAGCAGCUAGGACCAGGCUGCCAACAGUUUACUGUUGUGGCUCUCAAUGGGGUGACGGCUGUAGAUCGCUCCGCUGUCCUGGAGCUGUGCUUGGUGGAGCCAGUGGAAGGACUCAUAGCGGACAUGGAAUUUGAGCAUGAGCAGUGUCCGGUCCAUGCCCUCUAUGUCAAUGUGUCUCUGGCUCGGGGGGCUCCAGUGCAACUGCAUUUUCUGGUGUCUGGAGCCAAUCACACCUUUUCUGAGAUGCAUGAGAUGCUGCACGGAAGUCCACAAAUCAGUGAACAAGUGAGAACUGCCAGAGCCAAUAAUCUAAAUGUCACAGUAGAUCCAGAGGUCCCAGUCAUCGGCACUACCAGCAUCAAGCUGUAUGUUGAGGGAUUAGUAGAUGACAACGCUAUCUGGAAAUGCCAUGAGGAUUGCCCCUGUCCCAGUGAAGUGAAACAUAGAGAUUAUGAGAUAUCCGAAGCUUGCCUACCACCAGUGUACAGUUUCUCUGUGUAUACUGUACAUACCAAGUCACAUGGUGUCACACAGUCUGGAACCAGAUGCAUCACUGUCAUUCCUAGAGAAAAUAUGAAGCUUUCUGUUACCUGUUCCAACUGCAGUCCAGUGAACGUCGCUGAGAGUGUUAAGCUACAGGUGCAGUGUGAAGGAUGUCAGAAAAUUGUUUGGUACUUUGAGAGCACAAAGGAUUUUACUGGUUCACUAAGCCGCUGUCACUCAGAGUCAGUGAAAAAGCCAUUGAUACAGAAGGCAGAGGGCAGCUGGUUUACAAUAGAGAGUGAUGCACUACGAAGAGCAAAGCAGGAUAUCACAGUGGUGGUUUAUGGUAAUUAUUUUUAUUGUGGUGCCGAGCCCACAGUGGAGUCGCUUUACCUUCCUCUUGGGGAUAAACAUAACAACUACAGUCUGAUGGUGGACAUCACUGUUAAGAAUGCAGCAGGUGUUACUGCUGACACUGCUGUAACCACUCGGGUAAAGGACACCAGUAGGAAUCACACAGUUGGAGAUCUCCAGGCGCUGGUUUCCAACCAGGUGUCUCAGCUGCAGCAACAAGGUCGACUCACUGGGGCAGCACUGGCACAGAUGUUCCAAUCUGUGUCCGACAGACUGAAUGCUGCAUUACCAGAAGGACAGCAUGACAGUGUCAAAAAAGAGCUGAGGGAAGAGAUGUUGCAGAGUUUGAGUGCUGCCACGAGUUCCUUCCCCCCAAAGAAUCCAGCAGAGGUGCAGAUGAGUGCUAAUGUGGUUUCAGGCCUUACCACACAGGGUCAUGAGCUGACAGACACUGCUCAGUUACAGGCUAGUUAUCUGCUAACAAACCUCAGUAAGUCCUUGGUCUCCUUGACGCUUUCUGGCAAGGAGUUCUCUGAAAAGAUACUGCAAGCAUCCACGCCGAUUAUUGAUGCUGCCAGUAACAUCAUCAAAGUUUCUUCCAGUACUUCUAAGCAGAAUGAGAUCUCCAGUCAUUUACUAAACACUGUGGACAAUGUUCAGAGUGCCUUGUUGGCUGGGAAAAAGGUGAACCAGGAGCCCAUCAUACUCAGCUCUUCAGUUUUUGGUUUAUAUGUCAACAGAAUAUCAUCGGAUGAUCUUCAGAAACAGCCCUUUAACAUUCAGAAGAACAGCUCUGCCAGUUUUAUCCUCCCAUCUCUGGGCUCUAAUGUUCUGUCUCCAGAUGAACCAGUAGAUGUACGGAUGACAAGUUUCAGGAUAAAUCCAUUUUCACGGCAUGAGGGCGAGCAUAUUAGUGGAUCAGUGGGGUCUCUAUCUCUCACCAAAAUGAAUGGCUCUGUGAUUACAGUGGCAAACCUCACUGAGGAGAUUGAGAUUCUCUUACCAAGGACGGAGGUGGCAGAGGUUAACCAAACUCUUCUGGAACUGGCAAACUUCAGCACUGUCAUCAUCAAUGUGACUGCACCCAAUAUAUCUCUGGUUUUCAAGUUAGACCCUUCAGAGGAGACACCUCUGCAGUUGCUCCUGGGUUUUCAGGACUACCCUAACGAUACAAAUUAUGAAGCUCGGAUCCAGCUACCUCAAGAUGGCGACUCUGAAGAGGAGAGGUACACUUGGGUGCUUAACCCUACGGAAAUGACAAUAGAAGUAGGCGUUUACUACCUUCUGGUGAGGCCUGUUGUUGGAGCAGGGGUGAAUUCGACAAACACCUCAGUUUUCAUCACAACCAUUGCUGCUCACUGUUUGUUUUGGGAUGAGACAAAGGCCAAUUGGAGUGGAGAUGGCUGUAGGGUUGGCCCUCGAACUACAACAUUGGUUACUCAAUGCCUAUGUACCCAUUUGACCUUUUUUGGAAGUUCUUUCUUCGUCAUGCCCAACGUUGUUGAUGUGUCCCGCACUGCUGAACUCUUUGCAACCUUCGUCAACAACCCAGUGGUGGUGUGUUUUGUAGGCGCCAUCAUCCUGGCUUACCUGUUGGUUGUGAUGUGGGCACGAAGAAAGGAUAUUCAGGAUGCAGUGAAGGUGAAGGUCACAGUACUUGAGGACAAUGAUCCCUUAGCUGAAUAUCGUUACUUGUUGAGUAUCAAUACAGGGCAUCGUCGUGGGGCCUCCACCUCUUCUCAGGUGACAGUGACUCUACAGGGCACAGAAGGAGAGAUUGAACCUCAUCAUUUGACUGACCCUGAAAAACCAGUGUUUGAAAGGGGAGGACUGGACAUGUUCUUGCUGACCACCCCCUUCUCACUGGGAGAGCUACAAAGUAUUAGGCUGUGGCAUGACAAUUCAGGACAGCAUCCUUCUUGGUAUGUUAACAAGGUAAUGGUACAAGACCUGGAGACUGGGCAGAAGUGGCACUUCCUGUGCAACUCAUGGUUGUCCGUUGACUUGGGAGAACGUACACUAGAUAAAGUUUUCCCUGUAGCAACAGAGAUGGACUUGAAAAGGUUUAGUAAUUUGUUCUUCAUGAAGACUGCAAAAGAUUUCCGUGAUGGUCACAUCUGGUUCUCUGUAAUCAGUCGUCCCCCAAGUAGCAAUUUUACUCGAGUACAGCGUGUCUCCUGCUGUUUUUCGCUGCUGCUCUGCACCAUGUUGACCAGUAUCAUGUUCUGGGGUAUCCCAUCAGACCCCUCAGAGCAGACCAUGGACCUGGGUCAGAUUGAGUUCACCUGGCAACAGGUCAUGAUUGGCAUCCAGAGUUCCAUUAUUAUGUUUCCUAUCAAUCUCCUCAUUGUGAGCAUCUUCAGAAAUGCUCGUCCAAGAGAACAAAAGUCUGAAUCAUCUUCAAAGCAACAGUCAAAGAUAGAUCCCAAAAAGCCAGUCAAAAUGGGGCGUGUAUCUCCGAAUCAGCCUCCACACAAUAAUCACAAGGAAAUCACACCUGACACUGUGAUAAAGGACAUCAAACGGAUAGCACAGUCACUCUAUAAGGUCAUGAGAAGACCUGUUCCAAGGACAGAACUGGACUCCACCAAAACAGAUAUCAACAAUCUGCUGUCACUGGUUGAAGAGAUAAUUCGUCAACACAAUCGAGUUGGAAAGCGAAAUGAAAAACACAGUGUCUACAGCCAGUAUCUCUACAAACAACUGCAAAAUGUGGAGAGAGAGCUGAGACUGGUGGGGCCUUCAUCCUUCUCUAAGCCAAACAGCUACAACCAGGCUGUAUUGCAGGUCCAAGGCAUGAAGAACCUACUUGAACCUCAUGUCUCCUCCUGUUCUGUCAGUGGUCUACAUACCCGUAGCUCCAGCCCUACAGAGGGCAACAGUGGAGACAGCAGAAAGUGUAGUCAGAAAGGCUUGCCCUGGUGGUUUGUGUUCGUUGGUUGGUUUCUUGUUGUAUCCACCAGUGGUGUUUCAGCAUACUUCACUAUGAUGUAUGGGUUGACCUAUGGGAAGGAGCGUUCCAUCAGCUGGCUCAUCUCAAUGGUGGUGUCCUUCUUCGAAAGCCUCUUCAUCACCCAGCCUGUAAAAGUACUGGGCUUUGCAGUCUUCUUUGCUUUGGUACUCAAAACAGUUGAUCAAGAAGAUUAUGGAGAUGUUCCGAUUGAUGGGACUCUACUCAGCACGGAUGAUCCCGAUGCAAUCAGAAUUGCCAGAAGAGACAGCACAUGUAGUUUCUAUCAGCCUCCUCCUCCCACUGACAUAGAAAAGAUGAGAAACAACAUGAUCAAGGAGCAGAAAGUGUUUGCACUCAUCCGGGAGAUUCUCAUUUAUGUGGGAUUCCUUUGGAUGCUUCUCUUGGUUGCAUAUGGUCAGCGAGAUCCACAUGCAUACUACCUCACUCAGCAUAUCCGGCAGAGUUUCAGCAAUGGCAUUUCAGAGAGUAUGAACCACAAAGAUAUAUUAAAUUGGGCAAAAUCCUCCUUGCUCAGUAAUCUGUUUGGGCAAUAUCCAGGCUUCAUAACAGAUGGAAAUUCAAAACUUGUUGGCAACGCUCGAUUCCGCCAGGUUAGGGUAAGGAAAGACUCUUGUAAAAUUGCCAAGACCAUGCAGUACUCUGUUCCUGACUGCCAUGCCCCAUACUCCUGGGAAGCAGAGGACAUGGGCUCUUACGGUCCAGGGUGGAACCGGACUAAAAAUGUGAAUGGUUCUAAGAUUGUACCCACACCUUGGCACUACCAAACUCAGGCCAAACUCCGGGCAAACCCUGUUUGGGGUGGGCUGGCCCUUUAUAAGGGUGGAGGAUUUGUGGUGGAACUAGGCCCGGAUCAAAAGAAUGCAAGCAGUCUUCUUCAGUAUCUUUUUGACAACAUCUGGCUGGACGUGUAUACACGGGCUGUCUUUGUGGAGUUUACAGUUUAUAAUGCAAAUGUGAACCUCUUCUGCAUUGUGACUCUCAUUUUUGAGACCACGGGAGUGGGUGCAUUCCAAUAUCGUAGUGAGGUGCAGACUGUCCAUCUUUAUCAGUCCACUGGUGGCUUUCACGUAUUUGUUAUGGCAUCAGAGGCCAUCUAUUUCCUCUUCAUUCUCUACUACAUGUUUGUGCAGGGCAAACUGAUGAAGCAGCAGAAAUGGGCAUAUUUCAGAAGCAAAUGGAAUCUCUUAGAGUUGGCUAUUAUCAUUCUAAGUUGGAGCGCAUUAUCUGUGUUUGUCAAGAGGACAAUAUUGGGUAACCGGGACAUUGAGUACUACCAAAACAACAAAGACAUGUUUGCCAGUUUUUAUGAGACUGCCACUGCAGAUGCUGUACUAGGCUAUCUGACAGCUUUCUUAGUACUGCUGGCCACCAUAAAGCUGUGGCAUCUGCUGAGACUCAACCCCAAGCUACACAUGAUCACCUCUACACUGCAGCGGGCAUGGACAGAUAUCUCUGGCUUCAUUGUGGUCAUGACCAUCAUGUUUCUGGCCUAUUCCAUUGCUUGCAAUUUGAUGUACGGUUGGAGGCUCUACUCAUACAGAACUCUGCUUGAUGCUGCACAGACCAUUAUUUGUCUACAACUGGGUAUCUUUAACUAUGAUGAGGUUUUGGAUUACAAUCCAGUCCUGGGAGCUUUCCUGAUUGGAUCCUGCAUUAUCUUUAUGACAUUCGUAGUUCUCAACCUCUUUAUAUCUGUGAUUUUGGUGGCUUUCAAUGAAGAGCAACUUCAUCCCACUCCUUCUGAAGAAGAGGAGAUUGUAGACCUGAUGCUGAUGAAGAUCUGCAGUCUUCUUGGCAUCAAGUGCAAGAAAAAGCAAAUUGGUGCAGAUGCUUCUUUGACUACAGCUUCAGUCAUAUCAUAGAAAUGAGGCACGUCUUUAUAACCAUGUGACAGUCAAUGUAAGCUUUAUUCUAAAAUGCCUUUUGGUGUUUGGAUGCUUAGUAAUUGUUCUUGUACAUCUUAAAAAGCUUUUCCCCCCCCGAUUUUUAUCUUGCAGAAUGUUUCCAUUAGCUGUUUGAAUGUUUGUCAGUGCUAUUAUUACAAAUAUUAAGCAUGAAAUAUGCAACUCCUCUGAAAGUUUUUGUCCUACUACAUUAUUGCAUUACAUCUAUCAAGGCGUCAGCAUUUCUGAGCGGAUAACAGACGAAAAAGGGUAAUUUCAAAAAACAACCUGCAGUAAAAUUACUAUCUGGGGAGUUAACAACUAAUUCAGCAAACACACUGCGCGCAAGGUAUUUAUCCAUAAAGGUAUCUGAAUCCUACAUGCCAUUGUUUAUGGCCUGCAGCAUAAAGUUGCUGACAUGCACUAAAUGUCUGUGUUCUAGGAAAAUUUCCCCCAUACCAACUGGCUCAGUCAAUCACCUCAAUGGCUUACAUUAAAAAAGUAGCCUGUGAUUGUUUUUCAUGUCUCAACCACCUAUUGCUUAAGCAGGACAAUAAGCUCAUUCAAAUAACCAUGAAAAAUAAGGAACAAAAUGGCCUUUGUGUGCCCAGCCAUUAUUAAAUGUGUAGCAUGCAUGCACCAGCAAAAAGACCCAAAUCAGUCAGUCUUACAAAUUAUUGACAAAGUUUAAAAUCGAAUUCAUCAGUAUGCGUCACAUAUUUUGGGAGUCUAUAGCCUUCCAAAACCAUAUGCAAAAUGGUUGUGAAAUUUGGUAUACUUGUGGGACAGGGCAUUACUGGUAGCAAUUUUGAAGUCUCUCAAACUUUCCAGCACCACUGACCGUUUUGGCUUCCAUUUCUGUUCAUAAUUCAUUGAACAGAGCGGCCUGGAAAUAUAUUCAGUGCACUUGGUUCCAAUUUUCACCCACACAUUUUGACAUUUUCAACAUAAACCACGCAUUUUAAACACCCAUGAUGCAUCUGAUUUUCUCCACAUUUGGGUUGGAUAAUUUUGAUACACCAAAUAAUUUCUGUAUAGCGCUGGGAUCCUCAUUCCUAAUGCUGGAGAGCCACUUUCCGAAAGUUCAGUUCUGCCGCUUCAUCAGUUUGUCUUGUUAAAUCCAGAUGACAUUGCGUAUUAUGGCUUCACUGAUGCACCAUCCUAUUUCAGUGUUCCACGAAAGAGCUAACCUGCACAAAAAAUUUGUAUAGCAGAUAAUAAAGAGGAAAUAGGGGGCCUCUGAUGCCAUAACGGAUACAUGAAAGCCAUCAUUGUACUGAUAAAGAUGGACAGUCUGUACAUCACUAGGAGAACUUAUCCUACAACUUUUAUUUUGAUUUUCUUCACAUUUGGGUCAGAUAACAUAGUUAUCAAAGCUUUUUGAUAGACCAAAUAAUUUGUGUAACAAAGGGAUUCUCAUUUCUGAUCUUGAAGAGCUACUUUGAUACAGGAAUGGAAAGCAGGAAGUGAGGCUAUAUUUUAAAGCUCUGGUGUACUGAAGUAAACAGGACCAUGACAACUGUAGAAUAAAUUGGUCUUAAAUCAUGUUGCUUAUCACCAUAUAACCCCAGGUACAUGCAAAACAAUGCAUCACAUGUUCUAAACAAUGGCAUAAACUUUUUGCUAAUCCUACAAGAACAGUCCAAACUGCACAAAGUUUGCUCAGAUUAGGGGUUUUCAAACUGUUCAUGGAGCCUCCAAAGCACCUUUUGGAUGUCUCCUUUAUUGGACAUACCCAGUCAGGUCAUGGAGUGUUAAAUAAUGGAAACAUCCAAAAUGUCCAGGAAUAGUUCGAAAACUCCUGGAUCAGAUUCAGACAAAGUCAAAAACAUGACAAAUUUUUCCUUGUUAUUUUCACGAAAGUUAAGCCAAUUCUUGGUAUGGACAAGACCAUGCCUUAAAGCAGGGCUG